GGAAAACCCGGAUUCCCCCACUCAACUUCAAGUCACCUCCAACACCAGUCAUUGCGGCCGCCGCAUCUUAGUCACAGUAGCCACGAGAUAUAGUUGAGCGCCUGAUGUUGCCAUCUCCGGCCCCUUCGGUGUUGAGUAGUGAUCUCCGAGGUUAAAGUCCGAGAUGACCGUUCAGCGUGUCUUUCUCGCUCCCAAUGUGGACUCUGCUUAUUUCCAAUUCCUGCAUCAGACAACAUGAACAAACCGAGAAUUCAGAGAAGACAACGAGCUGUUCUUUCAUGUAACGAUUGUCGAAGAAGGAAGUUGAGAUGCGACAGGAAACUACCUUGCGACAGAUGCAUCAAGGGUGGUAUCGCAGAAGAAUGCGCUUACGAGACAGAUAACCAGACUCCUCCCUCGGACUGCUUACUUGAGCGACCCUCCAAGAGACAAAGAGAGUCUGUACCCUGUGCAGCAGCUGCCAGGACUGAAGAGGCGCCGCGGUCGUACCUUGACGUUCCGAAACUGUUCAACCCAUCGGAGUUCGCCAGAUCGGAUAUAACAGCUCAAGACCGAGUAAAGCAUCUCGAACGACAAGUCGCCCUACUAGAGCAGCAGUUGUUAGUCCAGAAGAGUGUUUCGCUAGAAGCAUCACGCUUCAUCGGAAGAACAACUGAUACCUUGUCCGGUACGACUUCUCCGAGAGGUUUUCUUAAGGGGCGUCAUUAUGGAAGCUUCUACUACGGACCUUCUUCACCGACAUCAAUAAUGGCUUAUUUCCCAGAGCUUCGCGCAUUCAUGAAAAAUGUCUACCACAACUCGACCGCUCAGCGAUUAGCUCAAGAUAUGAUGGCCGUUGGUAAAGCGACCAGCACCAACGGAUCAUCAUAUCGGAUUGUAACCGUUUCGAGCUUGAGAGAUCUUCUUCCUGAUCGAUCGAUCACUGAUCGGCUGGUACAAAAGUAUCUCAGUACCUUUGAGACGACGUACAGGAUCUUGCACAUACCAACAUUCCAGAAUGCAUACGAGCGAUAUUGGGACGUUGAUAAGCCCGGUUCUACAGAAAUGGAUGCUGUCGUACUCUCAAUAUUAGCGUGUACGAUCUGUAUUUGUACCAAUGGAAGCCCACAGUAUAGUCGCAACGGCUCAACGCUGCACACGCAGGCGGUCUUGUGGAUGAAAGCUUGCGAAGCUUGGCUCAGGCGACAGAGCAGCAAGCACCGAACACUUGCCUCACUCCAGGUGAGAUGCUUGCGUUUGCUGGCCCUUGCAGCAACCUCACACAAGGCGAAAGAUUACUAUCAUGAGGUACAAGCACAUAUGGGUAUUAUGAUCUCCUGUGGAAUGCACAGGGAUCCAGUACACUUUGGUGACCGCUGCUCUACGUUCGAAGGAGAAAUGCGGCGAAGGCUAUGGGCAACAUCUGUGGAGAUAGAACUACAAGCAUCCAUAGACAAAGGUACUCCUUCAAUGGUUUCCAGACUCGAAGCGGAUUGUGCAGCACCUGGUAAUUUUAAUGAUGUGCAACUUUCUCCUAGCCUGGAGGAGCUUCCGCCAUCAGAACCGGUGGAGGUAUUUACCGACACGUCCUUCCUCUUCAUGUCCACGAGAUCGCUUAAUUUCCGUUCGAGUCUAUGUGCUCUGACCAAUAGCUUGCAGUCAAGGCUCGACUUCCAGGAUACCCUGUCACAUGCAAACACUAUCGAAGAAUAUAUACAGAGUAUCCCCAACUGGACUGAUCCGGGAUCUCUCCAGGCGCGCACACUUCUCGACCUCCAGCUUCGACAGCUGUUAGUGAUCCUAUACGCAGCGAAAACUGCUGAUGUAGGAGCCACACUCAACACAGAGCGUCGAUACUCGAUAAUUGCACUGAUGGGGGCCGCAGCUGCAACAACGGCUUUGCACACGGCUCUGACGGCAUCUUCUAACCUCGCACUAUGUUGCACCCGCAGCGACUACUAUAGAGCCGCGCUACUGGUUUGCCAUGUCGCUUGCCAUGCGAAUAAAGUCAACGAUACCAUGGUAGCGCAGGCUGCCAAGAGCACACUGGAUAGUUGUGCACAACAAGCACUUCGCCUCCAAGAGGAGAGAGUAAUGCUGGUAGGUCGUGGAGGCCAGCAGCAUUGGGUACUAAGUGCUGCAGUUGGAUUGGCCAGUGUGCAGUUUGAACCAUCACAUUCUGACGCGGUCAAGCUACAGGCGAUAGAUCGCGUAUCACGCUUGCUGUACAGGAUGCUUUCUCGAAAGGAUAUUGGUGAAGAGCCUCCAGCCAAUGAGGUUCUACUUCAAGAUGCACCACGCAUACCUAAACAGAUCAAUAGUCACCCCGGCUAUUCCGCUGCAGCACUAUCAACAGAUUCUUUUGCUGACGUUGGGCUGCGCAUUGAUGCCUUCGACUUCGGCGAGACAUCAGAGUGGAUGCUGGAUGACUUCUGGUUCCUCAACGAGCCGUUUGGAAGCGAAUGUCAGGCUAACCAUUUGAUUUGAGAAAUAGUACAAAACAUGGAAAACCUACUGCAUACGAGUGAACAUUUGCAUGUUUACGUCAUGCAGGAGUCGCAAAUACCAUACAGAAAUUCGCCGCGGCCCCAUUGACGUUUGCCGUACAGCCGG